GGGGCUACGACUGUACCGGUACCGGUAGGUCCGGGCAGCUAUUAUUUGCUCCUGGACAGCCAGCAUGCCAAGGGGAAUGAAUCUCAAUCGAAUCUUGCGCUGGCUUUUUUUGGAGCUCUCAAUGUCUUGAAAACCUUGCCCUUAUUGUGUCAUUUGUGCGCCAAAAGUUCUCGACAUCAGGCACGCUCGACAGUGCCCGCGAAAACUUGAAGGCAGAAGGACGGGGCUUUUGGGGCUAGUCGACACACUCAUAAUUUGUGGUUGCCAAAGACAACAACGAAAAGGACUACCGGUAUCCACCACAACAGCUACAGCUACUAUCAGUCAAAGAUGAGCAGCGAGGAAAACAACAUCAUCACUCUCCACGGUGAAGAAGAUUUGUCAGAGAAAUUGAACACCAUGUUCACGCAACUUUUCAAGAGUCAGCUUCCCAAUUUCUCCCACUUGCCUGAAGCGCAGCAAGAUCGCGUCGCGGAAGAAUUGUUUGAGAAAAAGAAAGAAAUGUUGGAUUACUUGAUCAGAUUGGCGGAUCUUGAUGAGAUUCGUGACGAUGAUAUCCAGCGAAUGUUGCGGGUGCUCGGGAUGAAGAAAUAAGAAGCAAUAUCAUGGUAUGGGUAUUCACUGCUUGUUUGUGGAUUUGGAAAACUUGGAAACAAGUCACUGUUGAAGGGAGCAUCGUAGCUAGCUAGUAACGCGCACAAACUACUAGUACUACUAGUUUAUGG